UCUUCUCCCCUUCUCAAACUAUAAAUUUUCUUCAUAUCGUCAACCUCUCUUUCUACGAGAGCCACUCUCUCUGCACUGAAUUAUUUCAUUUGAUCAAAAAUGGCAGUUUCUGGACUUGUCAUUAGAGUAAAUCAUCCCACACUUCAAUAUUUGACAGCCCAAAAGUUCAACUAUGGUGGAAGAAAACAGUUAUGUGUGAAAGCAUCUUCUGGUAAUGCAGAAGCUGAGGAAGGAAAUAUCAUAAUGAGGAAAGAAAAAGAUGGUUGGAAGCCAGAUUUCUCCGGUGGAAUGCCGCCUACACCGAUACUCGACACUAUUAAUUAUCCAGUUCAUAUGAAGAAUCUUUCUGUAAAGGAUCUGGAAAAAUUAGCUUCAGAACUUAGAGCAGAGAUUGUACAUACUGUAUCAAAGACAGGAGGACAUCUCAGUUCAAGCCUGGGAGUUGUGGAAUUGACUGUGGCUCUGCACCAUGUUUUCAAUGCUCCUGAAGAUAAAAUUAUCUGGGAUGUUGGCCAUCAGGCUUAUGGGCACAAAAUUCUCACUGGAAGGAGGUCUAAAAUGCACACAAUCAGGAAGACUUCUGGGCUAGCAGGCUUCCCCAAAAGAGAGGAGAGUGUCUAUGAUGCUUUUGGUGCAGGCCAUAGUUCGACAAGCAUCUCAGCUGGACUCGGCAUGGCGGUGGCGAGAGAUUUGUUGGGGAAGGACAAUAACGUCGUUUCUAUUAUUGGAGACGGAGCUAUGACUGCCGGACAAGCAUAUGAGGCGAUGAAUAAUGCAGGAUUUCUUGAUACUAACCUUAUCGUCGUACUGAAUGACAACAAGCAAGUUUCAUUGCCCACUGCUACACUUGAU